GGAGCAGCGCCCGGUGCCUGCUGCUGCCGCUGCUGGGUGCUGCUGCCCGGCCGCCCCGCGGGCGCAGUGCGGGUGAGGAUGUCAGAGCACACCGGAGGGCUGAUGGAAAGGUCACCAACAUCAGACCUCAACACGGCAUUGCAUGAGUGCAUGGCAGCUCUGGAUUUAUUUCUUAGCAACAAGUUCUCAGAUGCUUUGGCUUCUUUACAAGCAAAAACUAAAGACAGUAUGUAUCAUGCACUGACUUAUGCCACCAUACUGGAAAUGCAAGCUAUGAUGACAUUUGAUCCUCAGGACAUAAUGAAUGCAGGAAACACAAUGAAAGAAGCUCAAGCCACCUGUCAAAAAUUUAGGAAGAAAUCUACAGUAGCUGAUUCCAUCAACAACCUUGUGCAUAGACAAAGCCUUGAACACUUCACUGAAGAGGAAAUCCAUGCAGAAAUUUGCUAUGCUGAAUGUUUACUUCAGAGAGCAGCACUCACAUUCCUCCAGGAUGAGAAUAUGGUUAGCUUCAUAAAAGGAGGCAUCAAAGUCAGGAACAGUUACCAAACAUACAGGGAGCUGGACAGUCUCAUACAGUCUCCACAUUAUGUCAAAGGAGAGAACCAUCUUCAUUUUGAGGGAGGUGUAAAGCUUGGGGUUGGAGCAUUUAAUUUGACAUUGUCCAUGUUUCCUGCACGGAUUCUGAGAUUGCUGGAGUUUGUUGGAUUUUCUGGAAACAAGGAGCAUGGUCUGCUGCAGCUUCAAGAAGGAGCGUCAUCAUACAGCUUUAGGUCGGUGCUGUGUACCAUGCUGUUGCUUUGCUAUCAUACUUUCAUGACCUUUGUGUUAGGGACAGGAAAAGGAAAUGUUGAGGAGGCAGAAAGGCUACUUAAACCUUACUUGGCUCGCUAUCCAAAGGGAGCCAUAUUCCUGUUUUUUGCAGGCAGGAUAGAAACACUGAAGGGUAAUAUUGAUGCGGCAGUUAAUAGGUAUGAAGAAUGCUGCGAGGCUCAGCAGUACUGGAAGCAGUUUCAUCACAUGUGUUACUGGGAGCUCAUGUGGUGCUUCACCUACAAGCGCCAGUGGAAGAUGGCGUUCUUUUAUGCAGAUCUGCUAAGCAAAGAAAACACUUGGUCAAAGGCUACCUAUAUUUAUAUGAAAGCUGCUUAUCUCAGUAUGUUUGGACCUGAUGACUGCAGUCCUUUUGGAGACAACGAAGUUGAAUUAUUUAGGAUUGUUCCCAGCUUGAAACUGAAAAUUGCAGGGAAAUCACUGCCUACAGAAAAGUUUGCCAUUCGGAAAGCUCGACGAUAUCUUUCUUCAAACCCCAUUCCUUUACCUGUUCCACCUUUGGAAAUGAUGUAUAUCUGGAAUGGCUAUGCUGUAAUUGGACAAUGUCCCAACUUAACAGAAGGCAUGUUAGAGACUUUAAUUGAAGCAGAAGAAGCAUUGGCAAGAAGUCCAGCUACGGAAUUGCUAGCAGAUGACCAGUGUGUGAUAAAACUGUUAAAGGGUUUAUGCCUCAAGCAUUUGGGCAAGAUUGCAGAGGCAGAAGGCCAUUUUAAUUACAUCUACUUGAAUGAGAAGAAGAUAAAAUAUGACCAUUAUCUAAUUCCAAAUGCUUUGUUGGAGCUGGCCUUACUGUAUCUGGACCAGGAUAGAAGAGAAGAAGCAAUAAAACUACUGGAAAGAGCAAAACAUAACUACAAGAAUUACUCCAUGGAAACGAGAACACAUUUCAGAAUUCAAGCUGCCCUGCAUCAAGCCAAAUCCUCCCCAGAAAAUGGAAUGCACUCUGGAGCCUCGGCAGUGUCGUAACUUUUUCUUCUUUGAUGUGCUGUUUGUUGCAAACUUUGGUGCAGACAAUUACUGACACUUUAGAAUUAUUUUUCCUUCUCUUUCAAGUCACUGAGAAACCAAAUCAUUUAAAAUUUUAAAGGUGAUGCAUAAAACAUUAAUCCAAUGUGAUAACAUGGCAAAAAAAAAACCUCAAACCAACUAUAACCCAUAAAAAUAUUGUUUUUUCAGCGGUGGCUUUUUUAAUACUUAUAUCUGUGUAGUUCUCUUUUCAAUCAUGUGCCUUUUCUUUCUUGUAUUCACAACAUCU